UACAUUUUCCAUUUUUGGGAAAGUCCGAGGAUAAUUAAUUAACAAAAAGGGGUACCCACAACACCUAAACCAUUUUAAUUUUCCAAAAGAAGAAAAAACAAGAAUUGAUGAUGAUGAUGAUAUCUUGAUGAUUGUGAGUCUUCUAAAUUUGGAGUAUCGUCUCGAUCGAGUAGGAGGCGGAAUCGGCCCCAUGGUGGCACACAUUUAACCAAAUAGAAACCCCAUCAACCUCCCACACAAUCCCCACAAUGCUGCCCAUCACCAUCCUCUUCUCCUCCUCCACCACCGCCACCGCCGCCGCCGCCGCCGUGAAUCCAUGGGUGUCUCCUCCAGAGCCUACCGUCGCUCCCAAUCCUUCCUCCCUCGCUCCGCCCCUCUCCUUGCUUUCUUCUUCCUCGCCGCCCUCGUCCUCUUUGAGGUGGACAACUUUGCGUCCCAGACGAAAACUAUUGUAGGCCACAACUUAGAACCCACGCCAUGGCAUCCCUUCCCUCCCAAGAACUUCAACGAAUCGAGCCGAUACUCUCGGGCUUCCCAAAUCAUACAAUGCUCGUACCUCUCGUGUAGAGGCAACACCAAUGAUGAUGAUGAUGAUGAGCUGAGACAAAACCAAACUCAAUUGAGAGGUCAAACUGGGGUAUGCCCUGAAUUAUUUAGAUGGAUACACCGGGACCUUGAGCCGUGGGCUCAGUCUCGGAUUUCAAUAACCCACGUGAUGGAAGCCAAGAAAUAUGCUGCAUUUCAUGUGGUGAUUGUUGGGGGGAAACUAUAUGUGGAUUAUUAUUUUGCUUGUGUGCAAAGUCGAGCAAUGUUCACGGUUUGGGGCUUGUUGCAGCUCCUUAGGAGGUAUCCUGGGAGGGUCCCGGAUGUUGAUAUUAUGUUUGAUUGCAUGGACAAGCCCAGCCUUAAUCGGGAGGAGCAUCAAUCGAGGCCUUUGCCAUUGUUUCGGUAUUGUACCACGCCUAAUCACUUUGACAUCCCAUUUCCUGAUUGGUCUUUCUGGAGUUGGCCAGAGAUCAAUAUAGGACCUUGGGAUGAAGAAUUUAAUAGCAUCAAACAAGGUUCACGAUCUCGGAGUUGGCGAAAUAAGUGGCCAGUAGCAUACUGGAAAGGAAAUCCAGAUGUUGCUUCUCCUCUUCGUGAAGAGUUGCUAACAUGCAAUCACUCUAGGUUGUGGCGAGCACAAAUUAUGCGUCAGGAUUGGCUCACAGAAAUUAAAGAAGGGUUUGAGAAAUCCAAAUUAUCAAAACAGUGUGAUUAUCGGUAUAAGAUCUAUGCUGAAGGCUAUGCUUGGUCCGUGAGCUUGAAAUAUAUUCUGUCAUGUGGUUGUCUUCCCCUAAUAAUAUCUCCUCAAUACGAAGAUUUCUUUAGUCGUGGUCUCUUUCCGAAGAAAAACUAUUGGCCUGUCUCUUCUACUAAUUUAUGCCCCUCUAUAAAAAAUGCUGUUGAAUGGGGUAAUGCACACUUAGAUCAGGCUGCAGAAAUAGGAAGAGGAUCACAGGAUUACAUGGGAAGCUUAAACAUGGAUCGGGUUUAUGAUUAUAUGCUUCAUCUUAUCACGGAGUACUCAAAACUGUUGGAAUUCCUGCCUGUCCCACCUUCAUCUGCGCUGGAAGUGUGUGCUGAAUCCCUGCUUUGCUUUGCUGACCAAAUGCAGAGGCAAUUCCUAGAAAGGUCAGCUUCCUCACCUUCGCCAUCCCCCCCAUGUACACUCCAGCGUCCUAAUAGGAAUAUUAUCAAUAGAUGGUUAGAAGAAAAGAAUAAAAUUAUUAGGGACGUGCAAAUUUUUGUGUAACCGAAAAGUUUUAGAAAUAGAGACUGAAAAAUGAGGAUGUGCCACGUGGCUGUUACAGAAUAAAACCACAUUUACAGUUCUUCAA